AUGUCUGCUGCCAGCUGUCUGCUAUCUGAAGAUCAGUUUCUGUGCUCCAUCUGUCUGGAUGUGUUCACUGAUCCAGUCAGCACACCAUGUGGACACAACUUCUGCAAAAACUGCAUCAAUAAAUACUGGAAUAUUAAUGUCCCUUGCAAGUGUCCCAUGUGUAAAAAGGUUUUCUACACAAGACCUGAGCUUCACGUCAACACUUUCAUCUCAGAGAUGGUUUCUCAGUUCAGACAGGAAGCUCAACAGAAAGCCAGCAGCACCUAUUCUGACCACAAGACACAUGAGUUUGUUCCUCUGAAAGAAGGAUAUGGAGGAAAGAAGGCAGAGCUGGGGAAGACAGAGGCUGAAAUUCAGCAGAUGAUCCAGAAGAGACGACUGAAGAUUCAAGAGAUCAAACACUCUGUUGACCUCAGUAAGGAAGAUGCAGACAGAGAGAAAGCAGAAGGUGUUCAGGUCUUCACCGCUCUGAAGGAGUCUGUUGAGAGAAGCCUGAAUGAGCUCAUUGAGAUGAUUGAAGAGAAGCAAAGAACGACAGAGAAACAGGCUGAAGACUUCAUCAAAGAGCUGGAACAGGAAAUCUCUGAGCUGAUAAAGAGAAGGUCUGAGGUGGAAAAGCUCUCACGCUCUGAAGACCACCUCCACCUCCUCCAAAACUUCCCGUCCCUGAAAGCUGCUCCACCCACCAAAGACUGGACAGAGGUCAGUGUCCGUCCGCCAUCAUAUGAGGGGACUGUGGUGAGAGCUGUGACUCAGCUGGAGAAGACGCUCAGUAAAGAGAUGAAGAAGCUGUUUGAGGUCGAGCUGAAGAGGGUCCAGCAGUAUGCAGUGGAUGUGACUCUUGAUCCUGAUACAGCACAUCCUGAACUCAUCCUGUCUGAUGAUGGGAAACAAGUAAAUCAUGGUGACGUGUGGAAGAAUCUCCCAGACAACCCAAAGAGAUUUUCUGAUUGUGUUAAUGUUUUAGGGAAUCAGAGUUUCUCUUCAGGCAGAUUUUACUUUGAGGUUCAGGUUAAAGAGAAGACUAAAUGGGAUUUAGGAGUGGCCAGAGAGUCGAUCAACAGGAAGGGACAAAUCACACUGACACCUCAGGAUGGUUACUGGACUAUAUGUUUGAGAAAUGGAAAUGAGUACAAAGCUCUUGCUGGUCCUCCAGUCAUUCUCUCUCUGAAGUCUCAGCUUCAGAAGGUGGGGGUGUUUGUGGAUUAUGAGGAGGGUCUGGUCUCCUUUUAUGACGUAGAUGCUGCAGCUCUUAUCUACUCCUUUACUGGCUGCUCCUUCACUGACAAACUCUACCCAUACUUCUGUCCCUGUAUUAAUUAUGGUGGUAAAAACUCCGCCCCUCUGAUCAUCUGUCCUGUCAAUCAAACUGAGUAGAGUAAUCACAUGAUUUAUGUCAUAUUUAUUCACUGUCUUUGAAGAGAGCAAAUAUACAUAUUCAGUGUUGUACACUAUGCACUGUACAAUUUCAUCUUUUCUGAGAGUAUGUACUCAAUUGUAUGUAUGAAAUUUAUGUAAUAAAUGUGUUACAGUUCAUUUACAAUCACAAAUGUUUUUGCUGCAUUUAUUUAACAAACACUCAUUAGUCUACAUAUGCAGCUUCGUAUCAUCAUAUUUCAUUGUCUCCUCUCUGUACUGAUUACUGUUUUUACUGAUAAUUGAUCUUUUGUUUUGCACUGAAGGAAUGUGAUACAACGUGCUCGACUCACAAUAAUAAAGCAGUGUGCUGAAUCCUGUAAGUAGUGAAAAUGAAUAAGAAAGGCUUUAAUUGCCAAAUUGCAAUGGCAGUGACAAUUAAAAAAAGUAAACUAGGUGUGCUGUCCAAGUCUUUCUUACUCGUUUGCACUGAAGGAUAUCCAACUGUUAUACUGUAUAGCACUACUUAUUGUUGCAACAUGUUCAGUAAGGUUGAUAAACUUUACACCUAAAGAGCAGUAGACUAUUUAAAAUGAAAUACAACUGUGUUCUGUAUCACCUAAAAACAUGAUAUGAAUUGAUUUGGUCACCCUACACUUCUUAAGCUCUCCACUACAUGAACACAAGGUCUAAAUCAUUCCCAUAAUGCACUUGGGCAGCCCAACAUGGGUCAGAUACUGUGUUUGUGAGUGUAGGAGCCAUUUAUGUUGAUUGUUGGCAUGUCAUUUGUUUAGUUAUAACUUGCAGUAUUAUUUUGGACACUGGGUGGCGGUCAUUAGAUGCACAGGGUUGUAUAUGUAGGGGCAUAGGUGACAGGAAACGGGAGGCACAGGCAGGUGGAGCACAUACAGUUCUUACCAGAUCGGGAACAGAUGCACACUACAGCUGGUAGGACAGAAACCCGGUAUGUUCACGACAUGUACAAAGACUUCAAUAAAACAACAAACUAAACGGCAGCCAACUGUUUUUGAAUCUGCAUAAGAUCACUCCUAACCUAACCUACCUGUGUAUUAAUGGCAAACUGGAAAAACAGGGAAAGAAAGGACAUUGAAAAAUGAAAAUUGCCAUUACAGUGAGAGACAACUGAAACAAAUACGAUGAGGGUCACAUGACAGACAAGAGCAGCCUCAGCCCUUAACACAGGGCUUUUCAAACUUAUAUUUGUUCACAUUUUGGCAAAUUGGUACCACUGAACAUAUGUUGAAUUAGCCAUUAUCAGUUCCUGUUUGCAAUAUACUCAUGGAUGUACAAACAACUAUCAGUGGACAACUUCACUGAUGAUUUAGGCCUCAUCGUUUUCGCAGUAAAAAAAAAAGUCAUAUUUUCACUCCUUGCUAAUUUAUUUCCCCUCCCACGGCGGAAAAACAGUUACAUGAGCCUUGAGAAACUCCAGCAGGUUAAACUGAGCUGAGACACAAACACUUUUAGCACCGACUGACUAAAAACACGCUAUAAAUGGACCUGUGAUGCAACACCCUGUGUAGGACCUGGUGUUGCACUGAUACUCUGCAUUCAAAAAGAAUCUAAUGUUGUAAACACAUAAUAUCGACAACCCCCACUUUUCAAACAUAACACAUCCACAAUAGAUCAUUGUCUUAUAUUUAGGUCGAUUAUCAGCUAUUCUGUUGAUUAUUUACUCAAUGAAUCAAUUACUUGUUUGGACUAUAAAAUGCCAGAAAAUUGGCGAUCGAGCCCAAAAUACAACGUCAAAUGUCUUGUUUUGUCCCAAC